UCUCACCCCUCGGAGAGGCUCACCCCACCGCAGAGCACUCGCUGCCCCACCACACCUAUCCGCCGGCCAAGAUGCUAGGGAACAGGAGACUGGGGUUGUCCGCACUGACCAUCGCCCUGGCCCUGCUGGUGUGCUUGGGGGCGCUGGCCGCGGCGUACCCCUCCAAGCCAGACAACCCGGGCGAGGACGCACCGGCAGAGGACAUGGCCAGAUACUACUCGGCGCUGCGACACUACAUCAACCUCAUCACCAGGCAGAGAUAUGGAAAGCGCUCUAGCCCUGAGACACUGAUUUCAGACCUCUUAAUGAGAGAAAGCACAGAAAACGUUCCCAGAACUCGGCUUGAAGAACCUUCCAUGUGGUGAUCAGAAACGAAACUCUCCAGGCUCCACCCAUUUUCAACUUACACUUCAUCCUGUAAAACUAGAGUCUGCCUGUCCUACCAGUGCAUGCAGCCCUUGUGCUGAACUUC